AAACUACGGGCACUCAGAAAUAGACAAACUAUUCUUGCCUCAAUAGAACCAAAGGCCUUGCGGGCCUCGUGAAAGCUCAGCCAGGUGCUUUGGGAGGCCGGGAGGAGGAAGAGAGAUCCGUGGAAGGAAGCACGUUCACACCAUGUCACUGAGGCCUCUGGGCCGAGGUAUAAUUUAAAGCAUGAAACGAAGGGGUCAUAGAUUCUGACUAAUGCUGACCAUUUCCAUCGGUUACCCAGCUGAAUCUUAUGGCGACACUAGGAAAUCGACUUUAUACAUGCUCUUUAGGAAACGAGGGACGCAGGAUGAAAGAAGCCAAGAGUGUCGCCAGGCCUUGCACCAGCGCCGUCAGACUCCCGGGAUGGGGGAGCUCCAGGGCACGGAGUCAGCGGAUUUACUGAGAGGGAGAAAAGCCCCACUGCCGUGCAGAAGCCUAGGCCCGGGUGAGGCGCCUGCGAAGGCUGCCAGCAGCGGAAGAGAAGGGGCGUCCUCCGUGUUGCGCAGCAUGCGCCCGCGGUAGGUGGGCGCGGAGCUCAGAGCUGGGAGCCAAACGCAAACGCUGGCGAGAAGCCCCAGCCCCCUCCGCCAGCCCACUCGCUGCGGGGAGGGGUUUCUCACGCCCUCAGCUCCUGGGAGACUGCACCGGAGGUCGGAAGGAAGCGGAGCGAGGAUGAGUCAUCCCGCCUAAUUCCUCCUUCCCGGUCCCCCUAGCCUCCGCACGCCGGCCCCCUCCAGAGAUCAUGCAACCGCGAGCGAAGACUCCCCUAUAUUCAGACUCUGCCGAACCCCCUGCGGCCUGCGGAGACGAGGAGACGGACGGGUCUCGUGGCCAAUGAGAGCUUCGAUCUCGUGCCCGCCGUCCAAUGGGCCGCGGCUCAUGGGCCGGGGCGGGACUAGGAGGGCAGGAGGGGGCGGUCCGGGCUGGCGCGCGGCGCGGCGGCUCCGCUGCAGCGACUCACAGAGCUAGCGCCUCUCCGGGUGUCCUCGCCAGCACUGCGCGGGAAGGCGCCGCCACCACCGCCGCCGCCGCCGCUGGCCAGGGUGCUGGACAAGACGGGCCCGUCGACCACUUAGCCAGCUCAGGCACCCGCUGCAGCCGUCGCUGCCUCCUCCCAGACCGGUCCCCAUGGAGGAGAUGGAAGAGGAGUUGAAAUGCCCGGUGUGCGGCUCCUUCUAUCGGGAGCCCAUCAUCCUGCCCUGCUCUCACAAUUUGUGCCAGGCGUGCGCCCGCAACAUCCUGGUGCAGACCCCGGAGUCUGAGUCCCCCCAGAGUCGUCGGGCCUCGGGCUCCGGGGUCUCCGACUAUGACUAUCUCGACCUGGACAAGAUGAGCCUAUACAGCGAGGCGGACAGCGGCUAUGGCUCCUACGGGGGUUUCGCCAGCGCCCCCACUACCCCGUGCCAGAAGUCCCCCAACGGCGUCCGCGUGUUUCCCCCGGCUAUGCCGCCACCGGCCACCCACCUGUCACCGGCACUGGCCCCGGUGCCCCGCAACUCCUGUAUCACCUGCCCCCAGUGUCACCGCAGCCUCAUCCUGGAUGACCGGGGGCUCCGCGGCUUCCCCAAGAAUCGCGUACUGGAAGGGGUAAUUGACCGCUACCAGCAGAGCAAAGCUGCGGCCCUCAAGUGCCAGCUCUGUGAGAAGGCGCCCAAGGAGGCCACCGUCAUGUGCGAACAGUGCGAUGUCUUCUACUGCGAUCCGUGCCGCCUGCGCUGCCACCCGCCCCGGGGGCCCCUAGCCAAGCACCGCCUGGUGCCCCCGGCCCAGGGUCGUGUGAGCCGGAGGCUGAGCCCGCGCAAGGUCUCCACCUGCACAGACCACGAGCUGGAGAACCACAGCAUGUACUGCGUGCAGUGCAAGAUGCCCGUGUGCUACCAGUGCUUGGAGGAGGGCAAACACUCCAGCCACGAAGUCAAGGCUCUGGGGGCCAUGUGGAAACUACAUAAGAGCCAGCUCUCCCAGGCGCUGAACGGACUGUCAGACAGGGCCAAAGAAGCCAAGGAGUUUCUGGUACAACUCCGCAACAUGGUCCAGCAGAUCCAGGAGAACAGUGUGGAGUUUGAAGCCUGUCUGGUGGCCCAAUGCGAUGCCCUCAUCGAUGCCCUCAACAGAAGAAAAGCCCAGCUGCUGGCCCGCGUCAACAAGGAGCAUGAGCACAAGCUGAAGGUGGUUCGAGAUCAGAUCUCUCACUGCACAGUGAAAUUGCGCCAGACCACAGGUCUCAUGGAGUACUGCUUGGAGGUGAUUAAGGAAAAUGAUCCUAGUGGCUUUUUGCAGAUUUCUGACGCCCUUAUAAGGAGAGUGCACCUGACUGAGGAUCAGUGGGGUAAAGGCACACUCACUCCAAGGAUGACCACGGACUUUGACUUGAGUCUGGACAACAGCCCUCUGCUGCAAUCCAUCCACCAGCUCGACUUCGUGCAGGUGAAAGCUUCCUCUCCAGUCCCAGCAACCCCUAUCCUACAGCUGGAGGAAUGUUGUACCCACAACAACAGCGCUACGUUGUCCUGGAAACAGCCACCUCUGUCCACGGUGCCCGCCGAUGGAUACAUUCUGGAGCUGGAUGACGGCAACGGUGGUCAGUUCCGGGAGGUGUAUGUGGGGAAAGAGACGAUGUGCACUGUGGAUGGUCUUCACUUCAACAGCACAUACAACGCUCGGGUCAAGGCCUUCAACAAAACAGGAGUCAGCCCGUACAGCAAGACCCUGGUCCUCCAAACGUCUGAGGUGGCCUGGUUUGCUUUCGACCCUGGCUCGGCACACUCGGACAUCAUCCUCUCCAAUGACAACCUGACGGUGACCUGCAGUAGCUAUGAUGACCGGGUGGUGCUAGGGAAGACUGGCUUCUCCAAGGGCGUUCACUACUGGGAGCUCACGGUGGAUCGCUAUGACAACCACCCUGAUCCUGCCUUUGGCGUGGCUCGCAUGGACGUGAUGAAGGAUGUGAUGUUAGGAAAGGACGACAAAGCUUGGGCAAUGUAUGUGGACAAUAACCGGAGCUGGUUCAUGCACAACAACUCGCACACCAACAGAACUGAGGGAGGGAUCGCAAAAGGGGCCACAAUUGGGGUCCUCCUCGACUUAAAUAGAAAAAACUUGACAUUUUUUAUCAACGAUGAACAACAAGGUCCCAUAGCAUUUGAUAACGUGGAGGGCCUGUUCUUCCCUGCGGUCAGCCUGAACAGGAACGUGCAGGUCACGCUGCACACUGGGCUGCCAGUCCCCGACUUCUACUCCAGCAGAGCAUCAAUAGCCUAAGGAUGUGCCGUGGAGGCACCAGCUGCCUGUUCUUACCUCCGCCUGCGAGAACCACAGCAAGGAGCUCAGCCAGUCGUGGUGGGGUGCAGAGUUGGCAGGAGCAGGAGAAGGAGGAGAGAAAAGCUGGUCCUCUACAGUCUUCACACCCACAGCUCUGCCUUUUUCCCUUUCAACCUCUCCUCUACUGUCAUGCCUGCUUCUGCUUCCAUGUCCAACAAUUCUAACCAACAAAAGACCUAGACAGUCCACCACGUCACUUGGUUCCCACUCCCAGAUUUUGCUUUUAUUUAACUUAAUUUUUUAUGUAGGUGAGUUAUAUUUUCUUUCUUUUCUGAUCAGCUUUUUGGUGACUUACUGGACAUGCACUGCCAGGAGAAAAUUCUCCUGCUAACUUUUUUUCUUAAGCUUUCUAUCAAACAAUGAGGUUAUAGGGGGAGGUAGGGAAGAAUGAGCUGAAUUUGUAGCAUACAGCUUAUCUCCUAAAAUGUUCUUGCCCUGUUACCUCUCCUGUAGUGUUAGCUCUGCAGAGCUCAGCUUUGGGAGAGUGAAUCUAUCACCGAGAAGUUUUACUACUCAUUGAAGCACAAAAAUAUCUGCUACACAGGUUCACAUCAGGGUAGGAUCAUUAGGAUGGCCCUGUAAUUAGGAUAGGCCAGAAACCCUGGCCAUUGUAUAAAACUGGAAAGUCUCUAAGACACAGGCAAACCAGGGGACUCAAUGAUUUGGUUCGUUUAUUUAAUACAAGCUUUUAAUUGAGAACCUACUAUUGACCAGGCACUGUUCAAGACACUAGAACAUUAUGUUCUAGACACUGUGGGGACACAGUGGUGAACAGACAGGCGUAGUCUCUGCCCUUCAGAGCUUAUAUUCCAGUAGGAGAAAAAGCAAAAAUAAAAUAAUUACAAAUUGUCAUAUGUACUAGAAGGGAAAUGGGCAAGGGUCAAAGAGGCUCAUGGGCAAGAUCUUUCAGGCUUCCUAGAAUGAUGCUAAAAAUCCACACAUUCUGGGCAUAGCACCAGAAAUGUACCAACUCAAUGCCCUUUCAGCUGCGCUAUUUAAUUAUGGUACCUGCUGCCACUCAUCGCAGAGCCCUUCUUGGUAGAAAUGAUGUCAGCAUUCUUAUUUGCUGAUGCUGCUAUGAUACCACGCCUUAAAAAUUGAGAGCUGAAAAAAUAAAGAGUGACCAGAGGGCAAAGGACCCAUUCUCAGUAAUGGGGGAUCUUGAGUUGCAGUCCACAGCAUUCACAUUCUCAGGAUAAACAUGCUUGUCUCCAUUAGACUAUCUGUGCCUGUUCUGAAUGAAAAAUCCAUCCACUCUGCUGCCAUUCACAGCCUAAUUUUCUGGAGUAGUCCAAAUAAUGUUUGGAAAAACGUGGGGUUGUAUGUCAUUACUAUGACUGAUAGCAGAAUAAUAAUGCAUCUUACUUCUAUAUAGAGAUAGACUUACAUAGGUUACCCUUGAAAUUCGUUAGUUUGACGUGAAGUUUUAGGAAAGGUAGGACCCAGAAAGAAGUUCUAAUUAGUUGUCUAAAUAUUUUUCAGUGAGCCAAGAAAUUCACCAUGACAAAGCAAGAAUAACAAAUAGAAGGGAAGAGGUGGGAUGGGAAAGCUAACAAAAUUUUGGCAAAAAGGAAUAUAUGUAAAUAGCUAAUUAUUUACUUUUGUGCUUACUUUAUUUAGAUUAGUUCUAUCAGUUACAAUCUUUUUCUAGUUAAGUGUACCUAAUUUAUGGAAUGGGUGCUAUCCUGUUUAUGUGCGUCUUGGUUUUUCUUGUGGCUACAGAAAAACUGUUGCAGGACAACACUAGUUUGAUAUUUGAUUUACUCUCCAAUGAGACUCGAUGGCUGGGCCGUGGUAGACUCAUAGUUCCUCUUGUUCUUUAUUAAAUUCAUCCUGCUAAUUAGAUUUCUAGUGACUUGUAACAUGUAGUUUACACUGAAUUGCAAUUACAGAUGCAUACAACUACUAUACUAGAAAAAAAUUGUCAUUUCUGGUGUGCCAAUAAAUGAUUUUUAUGAGAGAACAAAA